AUCCCUGUCAUAAAGUGAUAAGGAAUUUUUACGGGGCUUGUCCGUUAUCACAUUUCUGAUUGCUAAUCCUUGGCAGUGACAACUAAUGGCUACCCAAACGACUUUGAAACCUCGAGAAUCAGCUAAAUUAAUAGCUAGUUUGUCAACUCAUGUUUUCAUCGAGAAGACAGGUGUCCAAAGAAUUGCGGAGGAAGUUCUUAGAGGGUUAACGAGUCGUGACGUUCACAUCGACAAUUUCUCUCAGCACGAUUUGCAUCCUAACAAAGAUGACCCGAGAACACCAGACUGGAUUUUUAUACUGGAUACUUUGAAUUUCUGUUUUUGGCCUGAAGGAGAUGAUACAAAAUGGAAAGUACAAAAUAAUACUGGAUACUUUGCUCUCUGCGCUGCUGUGAAACGAGCUAUUUCCACAAGACAUUUGCAAACAGAUCCCAAUGUCUACUCUAAAAUUACGAAAGAGAACUUACAGUUCAUUCUUCGAGGAGACAAUCCAAGUGCUAAAGUACCUUUGUUUAUGGAACGAUUAAAAUGUUUACACGAAGUUGGAAGGGUCCUAGUAGAGAAGUAUGAUGGAUCUUUUGUAAACUGUAUAAAAUCCUGCAAUAAGUCGGCAGAAAAAUUAUUGGAGCUUAUUGUGACAGAGUUUGAAUGCUUUAGAGAUGAGGCAGAUUACAAAGGACACAAAGUGUCGUUUUACAAAAGAGCACAGAUUCUGAUCGGAGAUAUAUGGGCCUGUUAUGGGGGAAAGGGACUUGGCGAAUUCCACGACAUUGAUAUAAUAACAAUGUUUGCUGACUACAGAGUGCCUCAAGUUUUGAUACACUUUGGGGCAAUGCGAUACAGCGAAUCUCUCCUGGAGUCUCUUCAGUCGAAUACUUUAUUAACACGAGGAAGUCCCUUAGAGGUUGAGAUUCGUGGUUGUUCGAUUGAAGUGAUCGAACAAGUAAGAGACAAAGUUAAGUCUUUAAUUGAGGCUUGUCCUGAUCUUGCCUUGAAGAAGUUCGAUUGCAAUGCUAUUUUGAUCGAUCAUUUUUUAUGGGACUACCGGAGAAAACAUGCCGAAAAUUUACAGAAUAUACCUUUUCACAAAGUCAGAUCAAUUUACUACUGAUCAUGUAUACACAUUCACAUUCUACUGCGUUUGGAUGUGAAUAAUUUGAUCGCACCACAGAUCGUUGAUGCAAAAGCCAUGCUUUGGUCAUCGCUCUCACACUGUCUGUUGAAAAAAUUCAAAUUAUGGACUAUUUUAUGUACAAAUAUGGUGCCAAUAGAGAUAAGUUGAUGAAUAUGAAUGAUUAAUAAGAAAUAUGUCACUAUUGAGAAUUGCACUAUUCAGUAUCUGUCAUGGUGUUGGCUGCCUCUAUUCUGUGAUAUUAACAUUUGUGGUAUUUGCAAUAUUUGUGAAGCUGUUGCAAGUGUGGUGCUUUUUGCAUCUCAAAAGAAUGAAUUGCACUGAAAAUUCAAACAGAUCGAUGAAAACAUGAUACAGAUAUAUUUUUGUUGUGUGAGUGCUACAUAUUUUUACUACCGCAGUGUAACGUAGUGUAGCGUCGCCAACUGGCGUUUAGUGUAAUAAGUCCGAAGCACAACCUUCUGUAUUUAUGUAAGAGCCGUACCUUUCCAUGCGCCCAGCAUGAGGGAAUAAAUCUAGUAUAGUCAACCGGAGAUGUUCAUUUAAAGUAACCUUUUACUGGUCCUUCCUUUAUCUAACAAUUUUAUAUAGCUUUAUUAUCCUAAAAUAUACAAUGAUUCGCAAUAAUUAAUAUAAGUAUACACAUACAUAUUGCGAAAUACAUAUUAAUGAAUUUCUCAAUCUCAUUUAUUUGAAUGAUAUACUAUUAUCGAUUUUUAAUAUGAGUUACCUAAGAUACCUUCUUUGGAUGUCGACACUCCGUGUCCUUUGGCACAAUGUAAUAACGUCAUGUUAUAUUCUUCUAAAUAAACUUGAACUAUAGAAGUA